AUGGCGCGUCGCAAGCAGAUCACGCCCAUGCAGCGCAUCAACUCGGGCGAAGUCAUGCAGACGCCCUCAGACACGCCCGAACGUCGCGCAGUGUACAGCAACGGCCACAUCGCCUCUCCGGCUCCCACACGCCCUCUACGCCCUCCGACACAAGCACGGGCGCAAGAACCUUCGGCGCAGCAGCCGGGCCUGCUCACCCUCCUCGUCUGCGUCGGCGGCAUCUACGCGUCGUUUCUGACCUGGGGCGUGCUGCAAGAACGCAUCACCACCACGCCGUACCCUGUGACCACGACGACUACCGCGGCGCAGGCGCAACAUGAAUACUUUCGCUUUCCGAUCGUGCUGAACACGAUCCAGUCGUCAUUCGCUUUCACGAGCGGGAGUCUCUACCUCCUCUACAAGACGGGCGCAACAUCAACAUCGUUCCAGAUCCUCCCUUCGCCGGCAGCGCUCCUGCCCCUCCUCCUCGUCACAUUGACGACCACGCUGGCCUCGCCGUUCGGCUACGCCAGCCUCGCACACGUCGACUACCUGACCUUCGUGCUGGCCAAGUCGUGCAAGCUCCUCCCCGUGAUGGCGCUGCACGUCACGCUGUUCCGCAAACGAUACCCACUGUCGAAAUACAUGAUCGUGCUGGCCGUGACCGCGGGAGUCGCCCUCUUCACACUCUACCACCCGCCCAAGAAGGCCGGCAAGGCGGAGGCGAAGGGGCAGUCAGCAAGCAGCCUCUACGGCCUGCUCCUCCUGGGCAUCAACCUCCUGUUCGACGGCCUGACGAACACGGUGCAGGACCACAUUUUCCAGUCGCCCGCCCGGUACGGCCGCAUGACGGGGCCACAGAUGAUGGUCGUGCUCAACCUGCUCGGCACGGUGCUCAUGGCCGCGUACCUCGCUCUGACGCCGUAUGUCCCGCCCACGCUCCUCCCGCGCUUCCUGCAGACCGACGCGGCCGAGCUGGGCCAGGCGGUCGCGUUCCUGCGCCGCCACCCGCCCGUGCUCAAGGACGUGCUUGCCUUUUGCGCGUGCGGGGCCAUCGGCCAGCUGUUCAUCUACGCCACGCUCGAGCGCUUCUCCAGCCUGCUUCUCGUGACCGUCACCGUCACGCGGAAGAUGCUGACCAUGGUGCUGAGCGUGCUGUGGUUCGGGCAUCGACUGGGCCGCGGCCAGUGGGUGGGCGUGGGCCUGGUGUUUGGUGGCAUUGCCGCCGAGGCGUACGUGCAGAACGCCGAGAAGAAGGCCAAGGAGAAGAGGAGGAAAUCCCUGGAGAAGGAUGGAUAG